AUGACAGCCAUUGACCUCAUCACCCCGGCGGCGGUGGCACCCGCUACUCCCAACAAGCGGGCCCCGGGCUUCGACGGCGAUAUCCUCCUCAUCACCUCGCCGCGGCCACCCACGCAGAAGUGGAUUGACCACAUCGAGGCCAAGUUCCCAGGCCUGCGUGUCAUCUACCGCGAGCUGCAGUGGGGCAAUCUGCUCGCGGCUGAUGCCCUGACCAAGGAUGACUGGCGCUCGGUCACAGUCCUUGUCACGACGGGCUUCUCGCUGCCAAAGAACCCGGCGGACGUACCGAAGCUGCGCUACGUACAGCUCUUCAGCGCCGGCGCCAACAUGAUUCUCAAGGAGCCGCUGUUCACAGACACAGAUAUUGUGUUUGCGACGGCCAAUGGUGUCCACGGACCCCAAAUCACGGAAUGGAUCAUUGCCACGUUCUUGGCAUUCAACCACCAUAUCCCCAAGUACCUGGAUCAGCAGAAGAAGGCCACGUGGAAGCGGCCUGAUGUUGUCACCGAAGAUGCCCUGACCCAGAGAGUAGGCAUUCUUGGCUAUGGUAGUAUCGGGCGCCAGACGGCCCGCGUCGCCACCGCUCUCGGCAUGGAGGUUUAUGCCUACACGCUGCACCCGCGCGAUACGCCCGAGUCGCGCCGUGACGAUGGCUUUGCGCCGCCCGGCACUGGCGAUCCGGAAGGCAUUUAUCCUACCAAGUGGUUCUCGGGUGCCACCCGCGAGGACCGCCACGCUUUCCUGUCGUCCGGCAUCGACCUACUCGUUGUCGCUACUCCGCUCACUGAUGACACGACGCACCUGCUCGGCGCGGAGGAGCUGCGCCUGCUGGGCAGCACCCGCGACGACGGCACCUGGCGGCCAGGCUUCCUGAGCAACAUUGCGCGUGGUCCUAUUGUCGAGACAGACGCGCUGAUUGAGGCGCUCGACAAGGGCGUUAUCCGGGGCGCUGCCCUCGACGUUACGGACCCGGAACCGCUUCCUGCUGGUCACCGGCUAUGGGGUGCUAAGAACAUCAUCAUCACGCCGCAUAUCAGCGGCGUCUCUACCAAGUAUGACGAGCGUGUGCUGCAGAUCCUUGAAGGCAACCUGCAGCGUUUGAGCGACGGGCGGCCACUGGCCAACCGGGUGAGCCGCAAAGAUGGAUACUAG